CGCAAUCACCGUGCGCCAGCGCCUUCCAUCGCCGCCGCCGCCGCCACCAUGGAAUCUAACCGGGAUGAGGCGGAGCGUUGUAUUGCUAUUGCGGUGGCCUCCAUCAAAGCCCACCAGACCGAAAAGGCGCGUCGCUUUUUGGAGAAGGCGCAACGCCUCUACCCGUCUCAGCGGGUCCGCGUGCUGCUUGAUUCUCUCAACAAAAACGAACAGUCAUCAAAUGGCCAUUCCCAGCCCAAGGAACCCACGAACCCAAACCGUCGGAAAAUGAGUGGUGACCUCCCUUCAGCCAAUGGAGAGGCAGGUGGGGACAUCAGUAAAGGUUAUACUCAGGAUCAGGUAGAUGCAGUCAAGAGGGUGAAACAGUGUAAAGACUACUAUGAAAUUCUGGGUGUGAGUCGAGAUGCCUCUGAGGAGGACCUCAAAAAGGCAUACCGGAAAUUAGCACUGAAAUUUCAUCCGGAUAAAAAUCAUGCACCAGGUGCUACGGAGGCCUUUAAAGCAAUUGGUAAUGCUUAUGCAGUGUUGAGUAACCCGGAGAAGAGGAAGCAGUACGACCAGUUUGGAGAUGCAAAAGUCAGUCCCACGCGACAUGGGCAUGGCCCUACAGACUUCAACCGAGGGUUUGAGGCUGACAUCUCUCCUGAGGACCUCUUUAAUAUGUUCUUUGGUGGAGGUUUUCCUUCUAGUAACGUCCACGUAUAUAGUAAUGGCCGGAUGCGAUAUACUUACCACCAGAGGCAAGACAGGCGAGAGCAUCAAGGAGAUGGUGGCCUUGGGCUGUUUGUCCAGCUGAUGCCUAUCCUCAUCCUCAUCAUUGUGUCUGCUCUCAGCCAGAUGAUGGUCUCCAGUCCACCUUACAGUUUGAGCCACAGACCGUCAGUUGGCCAUAUACACAAGAGGGUGACUGAGCAUUUGAAAGUAGCUUAUUUUGUAGCUGACAACUUUGGAGAAGAAUAUACUGGCACAAAUCUGAAAAAUGUGGAAAGGAGUGUGGAAGAUGAUUACAUUGCAAACCUCAGAAAUAACUGUUGGAAGGAGAAACAGCAGAAGGAAGGCUUACUCUACCGGGCACGUUACUUUGGAGAUUCAGAUCUGUAUCAGAGAGCACAGAAGAUGGGCACACCAAGUUGCAGCCGACUGUCUGAGGUGCAAGCAUCAAUGCAUGGAUAGCCUUGACAAAAGCAGUCCACAGAGAUCUGAACUCUUCAAAUGCCUGAAGACUGUGGGAGAAGUGCACUGAGCCAAGGAGACAGACUAUUUAAAGAAUCAGACCUUAAAUUAAAAUGGAAUUGGAGAAUUAGCAACGCACAAACUGCCCUCUCCUCUCUGUCUCUCCAGCACUGGGUAUCUCUUGGAACAGAAGAAAAAAGAUUACUUGUCUUUUAUUUCCUCCUUUCAUUCUUCACUAUUUUGUCUCUUUCUCGGGAUCUUGCUAUCCUGAAAACAAAAUGUUGAGUUGUUUUUCUUUUAAAGCCUGUAGAAACCACAGAGCAGAAAGAGGGGGCUUUCUGCCAUUACACUGGUUCAAAGAGAGAUGGAGAAAUUGGAAGCUAUGUAGGAGGGUUUUUUUUUUAUCAAUUUUAAAAAGCAAAAGAAAUUAUUUAGAAUUAACUUAUAGCUGUAAAUAUGUUGUACUUCUAAACUAUGCAGGGAUAGAAUUAAAUUAUUUCAUUAUUUUGCUGAACUUCACAGCCCAGGAUGUGUGAAUUUUACUCUUCCCCUCCACGAUCAAUCUCACCCUCUGAAACCUUUCUUACCUAUGGCAGCUUUGUCUGAUGCCACAGAAAUUUUGUAUUUUUAGUACAAAUUGGGUUUUUCUGGAGGUUGAAUUCAACCGGCAGUUGUUUCUUUUACUGUAUAAGAGGAUCACUAAAAGCUGUAGGGGUGUUUUCUAUACAGAUUGAACUCGGCCAGUUUUCAACACGGCCAGUGUUAAACUUGUGAUCUGAACCACUGGCUUCUCAAUAGAGCACUAAUUCCUCGAAGAGGAAGGAGAGCAAAUGGUUCCAAAUGCUGUUUAUUUCAUCACGGUUGUUUGUGUGUUUGUUUGGAAUUUCUUAUUAACGUUUAUGUUUCGGGAACUCCCAUUUUUUUUUCUGCUUCACAAAUCAGUGUUUGUUCUGGUACAUAGAGCUUUCCUCAAGCUACAUCAGUUUGGUCAUCUUUUUUUGUAAGUAGAUUUCCUCCAUCUUGCAGCACUCCAAAGUGGUAUACAAAACUGCCUCUCCUUGACAAAAAAAUGCUGCUGUAGGCUUCAUUCCAAGAAUCUGGUGUCGUGCUGACCUGCUCUACAAAGUGGUGCUGCUGUUUCAUAUCCUUCAUUCAUUUUGACAUGCUUUAUGUAGCCUUCCUCUUGCAGCAAAGGGGUGGACACAAAGCAAAAAUAUUUGUUGGCAUCAUGCUAUCUGUCAGCUUUCUCAAGAGGACAGGAUCCCUUUGUCAAAGGUGGUUUUGCUAUAUUUUCCACUUCUUGAGCAGGUUGGAAAAAGGCAAUGUUAAUAUUGCUGUUAUUUGACAGGACUGUGAAGUCUGUCUUCCUUGAGAAAAAAAAUGAACUCUAAUUUUGACUCAUUUAUUAAUAACGCCUGUCCUACAUUGGUUUUGGGUUUUUUUUUUCAAGCUGAUACAUUGCUAUCAGAAGAGCCUUAAGAUAUGUUUUUUUCAGGCACUAGAUAA